AUGAAAAUAGGGCGACAAUGCGCCUCUCGGCGCUGGCGUGUGUUUCUGUUAAUCCCACUCAUUCUGCUCGUGCUGUGGCUGACCCUCCCGUACGAUCAUCCUUUACGCCUUGCUGUUCGUUUUAACCUCAAUGCUGCAGCUGCGACUCUCCCGACUCAUUUCAAAGACAGCUGGUGGCUCUCAGGACAGCCUGCGUUUCCAAUCGCCCUCCCUAACGAUGUCGCUGUAGUGAUGAAAUCUGGAUACGGAACGAAAGAUCGUAUUGCGGCUUGGCUCGAAGCGCACGAGGGGAAAGCACUCGACAAUCUCCUUAUUGUCGGAGAUUUCUCUACGCCACCGGCAAAACCUUACAGCUACCAUGGCCAGAAGAUCCCUGUUCACGAUCUUGUGGCUCGAAUGCUGGAAACUGGAUCGCUACCUUCCGGCUUAGUGCAUUCGAGAUUGUUUAAAUAUUCCAACAUGACUACCGCUAUCUCCAGUGGAGAUACGGCCACUGCGCGCUCCCUAUCGAAAUCAUUCGGGUGGGAGCUAGAUGCAUUAAAGGUUGGUAGUAUGCCUCUUCUUAUGAGUUCAAACUACUUGGUGCUUGAAAUGGGAAUGCUAACCCAGAAAAAGUUUAUCUCCGGACUUGAACUAUGCUACCAGAAGAUGCCGGAUAAAAGCUGGUAUAUCUUAGCCGAUGACGAUACAUACCUCCUACAGCCUUCUCUCCAGCGUCUACUCGAGCACCUUGACCCCAGUGUCUCCUACUAUCUCGGGAAUGCAGUAGGUGACUACAAGGGCCGUUUCGCGCAUGGAGGGUCCUCCGUGAUUUUGUCUCGAUCGGCAAUACGCGAUCUUUUCGCGAACCCCACGGUCGUCUCCGCGGCUCAUUUGGAAGCUCUCGAGGAGACCUGGGGCGACAAGCUGGUCGCAACCACAUUGAUCAAGAUUGGAAUCUAUCUUGAUGAGCGAUACACCAUCUUCUUCAAUGGCGAGCAACCCCAAGCCACGAAAAUCACACCGGAACGAUUCUGUGCGCCAAUCGCCUCUUUUCAUGGACUGGCUUCGUCAUCCGACAUGCUCAGCGUCGGUAAAACGUUUCACAACACUUCCGAGCUGGUGCUGUGGAUUGAUCUGUGGGAUAUUUACGGUGCCCCGUCUUUCGACUCUCCAGUACUCGAAGUCGGACACAAGAAUUGGGACUACGUGGGACGGCUGGACGAAGCGACCAUAUCCAUCAACGACAUCAUAUCCGCCCAAAGUUGUUCUAAAAUCUGUCGAGAUCGAUCCGAGUUCUGUCUGGCUUGGACCUGGGAUUCGACUGAGCAGGCUUGUCAUCUAAGUCCGUGGAUAACACUGGGGGACAAGGCUUCGGGCAAGUCUUCGGGAAUCAACAUUCCCCGCGCGAAAGGCCUAGCUAGCGCGUGUCGAUUAUAA